GCUGGCACUCUGGCAGUUCGCUUAUCAUCGUAUCAUCCACUACGCGACCUGCCCCUGGUCCCUGGUCCCUCCUGGACACAUCGUAAACAUUUCGUCAUAUUUAUCAGAAAUCAUUCUUGCGUAAAUGUAUAUACUUUUCAAAGCAUGUUCGCACAGAUUGUCCUUCACGUCUUUAUAUUUCCUCACUAAUUACUUUAUAGAUGUGUCCAGUCAAAAUCGCUAUGUUAAUCGUCUAAAUUCUUAACCUUUUUCAUGUGUUGCUAAAAUUAUGUGCUGACAGCGUUUUAUCAGUCUCAUUCAUCCAAAUUGGAAGUGCAAUUUUCAACCGGUCGUCUUUGCUAAUGGUUUUGACAGUGCAUGUUAUCAAUUUUAUGAUCCUACCACGAGGUUAGUCAGAGCUCGUCAAUGUCACCUCGCUUUCGCAUUGCAGCAAGCAGCUAAGUCUCGAAGAAAUAUAGUCUGUCAUCUAGUUCCGAUGGCUUCUUGCACUGAUCUCUCAGGGGCAGAUGUAUCCUCGCAAAGCGAAGUCGGGGCAGAGGGAGCUGCCCUGUACAGUAUCUUAUUGGGCCUGUGCGAAAAUAAUGUAAGUUUUUUCGAAAAUGAUCAAUCUGAACCUGGUCAGAAGUUGCACCAAUCUUCACUGCAGAUGCAGGAGUGUCUCAAAGUUCUCUCCCCGAAAGUUGAGGAGCUGAGAACAAUAGCACCACAGUUUGAUUUUGAUGAGAAUACGCCUUACAAUGGGUAUCGCAGCUUUGUAUCAACAAUGGAUAUGUGCAUAACCUAUAGCUUAAAGCUGACACGUCAAGUCUCGACCAACAGGAGCUCAUAUUUUUUCCGCAAAGCUCACUAUGUCAAGGAGUUGGAAAUUUGUGCGCAAAUGAUGGAUUCGUUGAGAAGCAUUGCAGAACUGAACCUGAAACUUGUGACCUGGUCACAACCAGGCAAAUUGUUUGCAUUGGAUAAAAGUAUGUCGUUCGAAGAAAUUUAUGUCAAAAUCACUGAGAUCAAUCUCCAUUGCUUCUAUGGCAGAUGUAUCGGAUUUCAAUUUAAAGAAUCACUACAGCAGGUUAUAAAGACCUUAGCCAUAAUGUUAGCAUCUUUCAGUGAAGUAUACUUCUGCAGUGAAGGCAGUAUGCUCGCCAGGGCAACUAAUUCUGUCUGGCAUAGCAGCAAGUAUUUGGUUGAUCCAGAAUUGAGAGCCAAGCGGAUCGUUCAGUGUACAAUCUGGGCCUCUGUGGAAUUUUGCAAAGCUUUCUGGUUUUUAGGAGAGAUAGAACUUUUAAAUAAAGUACCAAAUUUAGUUUACAGCUCUGUGGCUGUAAAUCGUUUGAUAAAGCUGGAACCUGUGCCCUUACAGAUAAUCAGUAUGACGGGUUCUACAAUUGACAUUCCUGUACCCUGCACAUCCGUUGGUAUUCAGCCCCUGAAUGUUCGAUUAAUUGCUAAGCUUGUCUAUGAAGGCAUGGAAGAAGACUGUGUAGGAAGCCCAACAAAGACAGCACCGGUACCAAGAAGCACUGAGUUGGUUUUCCAUUGCCAUGGAGGUGGGUUUGUGGCUCAGAGCUCGCGUUCCCAUGAAAUGUACUUAAGAGAAUGGGCAAUUCUUCUAAACUGUCCAAUGGUUUCUGUUGACUACGCUCUUGCCCCUGAAGCACCCUUUCCCAGAGCCCUCGAAGAUGUCCUGUAUGCCUAUUGUUGGACACUAAACAAUGCUGCUCAACUUGGUUCAACUGCUGAUAAAAUUAUCUUUGCUGGUGAUUCUGCGGGUGCUAACUUAUGUCUAAGUCUAGCUUUCAAGUGUAUCGAGCUUGGGGUGCGACCACCAGAUGGGAUAUUCCUUGCCUAUGCCCCCGUAUUGAUCUCAUUUCUUCCCUCCCCUUCUCGUCUGCUCAGCCUCUUAGAUCCAAUUUUGCCCAUCGGAUUCUUAUCUGCCUGUCUCAGAGCGUAUGCGGAUCCUCAAAGCAAAAGUGAAAUGAGCAAGUAUGAGCACAGGUUGAAACGUACCUCUUCGGUGAAGAUCACUGAUUCCAAUGUUCCUACCGUUUCUUCUCCCAUCGAGAAGCCCGAAACUGUGAUAAUGGAUGUGAGUCCUGUGGAAAACAAGUUCCCUCCAAAUCUCUUAACCAAGUCCAAGUCAUGUGAAUCAGACUGUGAUAGUAAACCUGUGCUAGCUCAGAGAACGGUUAAAUCUAGCUUCGGGAUAAGGUCCAUGGAAGCAGUACCAGACUCCGAUUUUCAGAGGGAAGAACAAGUUGUAUCCAAGGUCGGUUCGGACUGUCCUAUCGUGAAAAAACCCUCGCCUCUUGUUGAAACCAUAGUUGCCCCCUCAUCUUGUCUCUCCUUAACAUCAUCCAGCUCCUUGCUGAUUAAUACCAUUCAGCAAGUAACUUCAGGUCAAGAGGGAAGAUACAGGAAGAGUGACGCCUCAUCGUUAUGCCCAACAGUAGAAAUCCCUGUAGAGUCCAAGUCAAGUAUUGAAGAUUUCACAGGAAAAGCAGGGUUGGUCUUCGAAAAUUCUCUGUGCUUGGACAAAGUCCAAAAUGAACAGUCAACCAGCAAAGAUACUUUGUGCCCUGAAAGUGAUCUAAAAGGAACAGCGCAGGAUUUAUUGCGUCAAGAGGAAAACCAAAAUAUACAACCACCUAACUUCCAAAACCCAAAUAAAGAGCUGAAUCUACAACCACUAAGCACAGACAUCGCGCUGUGUUCAAACGUGGAACAAAAUCUGCCCUUCCAGAGCACCGAUAAUUCUCAAUAUCCAGGAGAGGAUAAAAGUUUAAUGAAAACUCAUUGCUCAAAAGACCAAAAUGUACAGUCCCCCAGCACGCAAAAUUGUCUCAGAGCUGAAGAAAAUACAACUAAGCAAUCUAUAGAUACGAGUCAAGCACAAUGUGCAGAAGAUGUUGCACUAAAAAAUUAUUGUGUGGAACAGUCACCAACCACAGACAAUGCUCGGUCUCCGAAGAGAGCUUUGAGUCAGCACACAUCCUCAACUGACGAAGCCACCAAACUCUCUGAAAAUCACAAGUGCAAAGAGGAUUCAAAAACUGAGAUUGAUGAUGAAAGUAAUUCCAAGUUGAGGCCGGAGUUCUCCAGAGCUGUUGAAAGUGUCACAACGGCUAUAACAAAUGUAUUUAUCAAUUUUACGAAAAGCAAUAAUCAGCCUGCAAAAGUAGAUCAGGGGGUUGAAGCCUUAGAUGAAGAAGAAAUUUCUAUUCCUUUAGAAUACUUCACUGUUAAACCACCAGCGGACUACUAUCUCUCUCCUAUUUUGGCACCAGACAACCUCCUCAAAUCAUUGCCAGCUAUAAAAUUAUUGACAACAGAAAUGGAUCCCUUUCUGGAUGACUGCGUCAGCUUUGCCAAGAAGAUGAAAGCAAUGGACCAUGAUGUUUCACUGGACGUGUUACCAGGCCUCCCUCAUGGCUUUUUAACAUUUGCUCUAAUAAACAAAGAAGCGAAUGAGGGCUCAGAGCUUUGUUGUCGUAGAAUUCGGGAGAUGCUAGAUAUGCCCGCUGAAGAAGGAACAGAAGCAGCCUCAGUCAAAGCAGACCCAUGUGCAACUGACCCUCACAAUGAAAAAUUGACGUAGAUACCAGUGAGUCCUGUUCAUCUAAGAGGAGCAGCGGUAGAUUUUCCGGUGUUAAAGGCGUGGGAAUUUCAAAUAUCAAGCAAGUAAAAGUGGAAAAGAAACCAAUCAAUGAAAGCGGCUGUGAAUGCUUUGCUCCUUUCAAGGGGAGGGACUAAGCAUCAAAAUGAAAGUAUUCCAAGACUUCUGUGAAAUCACGUUGAAAAACUGAGCUUUAUUUAGUAAAGUUUUGCGGCUAAAAUUUAAACAAUGUCUUUGAAUAUCAAGAUUAUCUUUGACUCUGUAAGAAAUCCACCUCAGAGCUGUUUAGUGCCUUAGAAUUGGGAGUGACUGAGAAAAACUAAGUUUGAACUCUCUUGACGCCAGGAAAAGUUGCACCUCUAAAAUUUUUCAAGCAUAUUCAAACCUAAAUUAUGCUCAUUAUUUCGUCUCCUCAAUAUCCAGAAUUUUAUAGCUUUUGACUACUCCUUAAAUGCAUCAAAGCAAGGUUACACUUCAGAAUUACAUGCAGUUUUAAUACAUUUUCCAUUAACUGUAUUUCCUUGUAAAAUAUAUUGUGAUACAAAUAGAACGCCUCUAUAUAGAGGUAACAUUGACCCUCAGAAAGAGAUACAAAUGCUUCAUUUCAAACGAACAUCAUAACUCGAUUUUCCCAUUCCUUUUUUCAAAUUCCUUUUUUCAGGUUCCAGUAAUUUUAAAAUAAACUAAUCUAUUAAACGAAAAUGACGCAGAAUUUAAAGGGAAAACACAGUUAGCUAAGAGAUAACCGGUUAGCAGAAUCCUCCACAGAACUGUAACUCUAAUUUUUCCCACCACCAUUAACUAUUAGAAUCAUAGGUUAGCAAUUUUUCCCACCACCAUUAACUAUUAGAAUCAUAGGUUAGCAGACAAACAGGAAGAAUAUGAGUUUCAUCUUAAACUUUGGUUCCUUUUUAUUUGAUGAAAUCAAAAUAUUAUCCUCCCACUUUGCUAACAUAGAUGACUCUCUUAAAAACUGAUUAUUAUCAUCGGUUUUAAGUUGUAACCUAUCUGCUAUGUGAUAGUUAAAUCUUUAAGUAUUAUCUAUUGGUAUUUGUUCCAUAAGGCGUCUAAAUCAAUCCUUUUAUGAUAGCUAUAUAAAAGUCACUUUGUCAUAACUACGUACAUGUGUAUAUCUCAUUAGAGUAAAGACAAAUUUGAUUAAACUUCAAUUCCCAAAAAUUAUAUGAAGGGGGUGUUAAGAAACCUUAAAACAAAUUAAUUAAUAGGAAACCAUUCUAUAAGUAUUUUUUCAUUUCUGCUUUAGGAGGAACUCGUUUAGACAGCUAAGCAACCUAAUAAUUAGUUAAGAAUGUUAACACUCACAUUUCCAUGUGAGCAUAUCAUCACUAAUGACUUUUUGUACUGCAGACAAUGUAAGUAGCUUCAUUUUAAACAGAAAGAUGUGAUUAGAGAAAAAAGCAAACUAAUUAGGAUAUCCUCAAAGACUAUGACUUAUCUCAUCCAUUUUGUGUUAAUGAUUGAAAAUCUUCUACAUAGCUGACAACUAUGAGUAGGUUAAUAUUACCUAGGUAAAUAUCUACUAGCUCAAAUAUCCUGUUAGAAAACCUGAUGAUAUUAGGUAAAAUAGAUUUAGUCUAAUAUAUUGAUUUCAACAUAGCCAGUAUUUCAUAUUGAAUGGAGCAGUGGCAAGGAAAUUUCGCAAGAUUUUAAUAUGGUUCAACAGGUUCCUACUUAAAAUUUCCUAAAGCCAGAAGGUUCACAAAAGCAUUCCCAAGGAAAGACAAAAUUCCACCGAUCAUUAGGCAUCAGUCCAGUUGACAUAGCAGGCUACGCCUGAAACAAAGUUAGGCCAAUCGGCAAACACAGUUCCCCCAGUUUGCCUGCAGUAUCUGGAGCUGAACCUGCCAAAAAUGACCAGAAAUAUUGUUUCCAACAGGUCCCAUUCUUGGCAUUCCGAAGCGGAGUUUCUUUCUUAUUUAGGGUUAACAAAAUCUGAAUGAAUUCCAAGAGGCUUGGAUCAUUCCCUACUUUCAGAAAAUAAUUUUAAAAAAAAUGGGUGCCUCCAACCCAUUUCAACUAGUCCUAAAGUUCAUUCAAUAUGUCGAUGGAAAUGAAUUUUUUCAGUGUGUGUUCAUUUUUAGAUGAGUACCCACCAACUAAGAUCGUUGCUCUCACAUUCCUUCAAUAUAUCAAGAAAAAUACGAUGAGAAAGUACUAUACUAUUUAGUUCCACUUUACAUGCUUUUAGAUUUGCUAGCUAUUCUCUACUCUCUUGAAGGACAAAAAGGUAAGAUUGUGUCAGGAAAAUUAGUAUAUUCAUGAUCAGUUGAAAAUACUUAAUAACCUCGCUAAAAGAGUUCGUAAAUUUUCAGCAGUAUAAGGAUUUAUCCGUCCAGUAAUAUAUUGCUACAGGUAAAUGAGGAGAAGCUUUUUACUUCUUCCAGAUUUUUGUGCUUUAACUUGUUGAAUUUUUACACUUUCCCUUUGUGAUAAGGUACUUAAGUUAAAAUUAAUGUACACAAUGAACUGCUAGACAAAGUGUGAGUUCGAGCAUUAUGACGUGCGCUUUCUCAUCAAAACUCCAUGUAGAACACAACAGUAUUACAAAAAUUACUGACAGGAACUCCCAAAAAAGAUAUUAUUAAAAUUGUUUGAUGCAUGAAUUCUAACUUACUGCUCAUGAAAAAAAACCAUUAUCUACUUGAGUUGGAUCACACGCUGAAUGUUACCAUAACAGCCUUGGCAGUGUGAAAAUAUGACAACCCCAAUAUGGGUGCAUAACCUCAGCUAUUGCACGUUGUAAACAUUUUGAACAACAUAGGGUGGGGAGAGAGCGCUGCUUUUUGAAAAACCUGCUGUUCCUGCUAACAACAGGACCAUUGUAGAGGGCAAUUUGAUCUGAAUAGACUGUCGUACUACAUGUGAGCUGGAAAUUUGCAUAAUUUCUUAAAGCGUAAAUAUUUUGGUUGGGAGUUGAUUUCAAUGAUUUUUGAUGCACAAAUCAUGUUCUACUAGAAAUUUUGAAGAGGAAAAUUUUAUCAGAAUUCUUAAAUUCCUACCCUGUCUAGUGCUCCAUUGUUGACUUCAGGAGAAAUGUCCUGAAGUUAUAGACCUAUUAAAUACUCAAACAAGGUCCUUGAUAUUGAGUGGGGCAAUUAUUAUUACUAUUUUUUUUGGUUCAUCUCAAUAAAUAUCAUUCAUUUAACAAACUGAAAAAAAAUAAAACUGCGAUUUUAACUUUUUCUUUAAUUUUUCAAUUCUGGAAAGAGUUUUUUUUUAUUUGUUUAUGUAAUAUUUUAAUAGUGAAAUACACAUCUAGUCACAAAAUAAGAGACUCUUUUAGGCGUAAGUUGAUGUUUUACUUGAGCUUCGGCAAAAAAUUGUGAUAUUUAUUUAGAAACGUUUAGAUUCUUAAGAAAAUCACAAGAAAUUCUCAUAAAAUGAGGACAAAUCAUCACUGUAAAAUAUUUGUUUGUUUGGUUGAUCUUUUAUAUGUUUUGAAAUAAUGGCACGUAGUGUUGAUAAUAAAUUAUUAUAUCUUCACGUUCAAA